GUCGUAAAGGACCUGGGUCGGGAAUCUAAUCCGGGUCAACCGCAUGGCAGCCACAGUAUCAGCCCUGGGGAAUGCCACGCUGCUCAUCACCUCCAUGAGAAGGUUUUCCAGACUCAAGCCCCCGGAGCUCCUGCUGAUGAACCUGGCUCUGAGUGACAUGGUGGCAGUCGUCUGCAUGCUGCCUCUGCUCAUCCUCUCUGCUUUCCACCACCGCUGGCUGGGAGGGGAGAGGACGUGUGCUUAUUAUGGCCUCAUGGCGUUCCUGCACGGUGGAACCAGCAUCGCCACCUUCACCACACUGGCCAUAGUGCGAUGCAUGAUGGCAUUCAACACCCACCGGGCCAAAAAGUAUUUGACCAGGAAGCUGAUGUUCAUCAUCAUCACCUUCAUCUGGCUCCACUCGCUGCUGUGGUCUCUACUGCCCCUAGUGGGCUGGGGGCAGUACGGCCCGGAGCCGCAUGGCCUGUCGUGCACGCUGGCCUGGGGGCAGCUGCGGGAGGGUAGCGGGGGCCUGUCCUUCAUCUUCAGCGUCUUUGCCGUCCUGCUGGGGGUGCCUGCCCUGGUCAUCGUGACCUGCUACUCCUGCAUCGCCUGCCGCCUCAGCUGGCAGUACCGCAAGAUGCUGCACUGCAGGAGGCUGUCCCGCAAGAUCCACAUGGUGCAGAGAGCCGUCUGGGUGGCUGUGGUGAUGAGUGCUGGCUUCCUGAUGGCCUGGACUCCGUACGCCGCCACCAGCUUCUGGCUGGUCUUCAACCCCACGUCUCCGCUGCCGCCCGUGGUCUCCCUCCUCCCCACCCUCUUCGCCAACAGCGCCUCCGCCUACAAUCCCAUCAUCCUCUACUUCAUGAGUUCGCAGUUCCGCAGCAAUGCCAGGAAGCUGGCCGCUGACGUUUGCCGGGGCGUGGCAUCACCAGAAAACUCGCCUAAGUUCGGCCACGAGGCGUUCACGGCGACAAUGUCAACUGAAAAUGCCUUAUCGGCUUGAUGAUUUUCUAUGAAUGUACAGUGUUCCUUACAUUUCUUUUGGGUACCUUUGCCUUUAUUAUAACAGAAAACUGAGACGCGGGACAGGAAAUGAGUUUAGGAGAUAGGAGAGAGAGUUUGGGUAGAGUUGGGAUAUGACCCUGGCUAUACUCAAAGGUGAC